AUGCGAGGCUUCGGAACGAUAAUCCGUGAUUCCGGUCCUGCUCGUUCUACCACUGCUUUAUUCACUGCGCUGCUGGUCACCAGCGCUACCUUCUUACCGCUCUUGAUACAGGGUGCUGUCGCAAACCCUGUUCCUAUAUCGCUACCAGAUCCGCAAAAACCUGUAUAUACAUCUUCAGCUGGUCUGUACCCGAAUCCAGAACCAUGUACCGGAAACUUUUCCUGGAUCGGACGUCAAGACUCAGCUAUUGGUGUUGCCACGUCCAAGUCGCUCAAGCCAGGCACCUGGGUAGAUCACGGGACCGUCGGACUUCCACUUUCCAAAGACUAUAAUCUCAUCGACCCCUUCAUCUACCAAGAAAAGCCAGAUAGCCCAAUUUACUUCACCUUUGGCUCGUACUGGAACGGCAUCUACCAAGUUGAACUUUUUUACCAUGACAACUUGCUUACUUUUGGCGGCUGGGCUCAGGAAAACAACCGUAUCUCUAACGUGAUCCGGAAUACCUCGACCAACGCCGCCGUUGUCGAGGGCGCCACCAUGCAUAAGGAAAAAGACUUUUACUACAUGUUUUACAGUGUCGGUCAGUGCUGCAAUAUACCCAAGAACGGUUUCAUUGGUGCACGCGAUCUCGCCCCCGAUGGUUUGGUGUAUCACGUUGUCGUCUGUCGGUCAAAGGCACCUAACGGACCGUUCCAAGACCGCGAUGGCAAGAGCUGCUUGAACCAAAAUGGCGGUACGACGAUCCUGGCCAGUCAUGGAGACAUCUACGCGCCUGGUGGACAGGGCAUUAUGAUUGACCCGCGGAGUGGGCGGACAGUAAUGUACUAUCAUUAUGUUCGUCCGAGUGUCGGCUAUGCAGCCGAACAGUUUCUUUUUGGAUACAACUACCUUGAUUGGAAGGACGGCUGGCCUGUUGUCGUUGGUGCUUGA